AUGCGUCUGAGAUCGCGCGUGUCGCUUACGUUCGUCCGUCGUGCUGAGCGGUCAGCACCAUCUGUUAGUGGCUACUUCAAGCCAGUUCAUAAGUCCAGUGGUAAGAGACCGGACUAUCUGGGGCGGGCGGCGACUGCAAUAGUAGCUCUUGGAGUCGCUAUCGUCAUGUCUCAAGAUCCGUCCAGUAGCGACGUCAAGUGUGGAUCCAAAGGUCGCGACGCUUGGGGGACAAGUUCUAGUAUGGAGCAGAAGGGACAUUACGUGCUGAUGAAGGAGCUUGGACGAGGAGGGUUUUCUGUUGUGCGUCUUGCAGUGGACAUGGACACGCAAAAGAUGCUGGCGGCGAAGAUAUUUGAUCCAAAGAGCUCUUCAGCAGAGAUGAUUCAAGCUGAGAUUGACAUUCUGAAGCUUCUUGGCACACAUGAAAACAUUGUGUCGUUGUACGACGUGCUGUAUCUGGAAGAUGAGACGAUCAUGUUGACCGAUUUAGUGGCAGGGGGUGAACUCUUUGACUAUAUAGUCGAUAUGGGGUCUGUAUCGGAAAAGGAUGCUGCUCAUUUGCUUCGCGGUGUCUGUCGAUCGCUGGAUUACGUGCAUGAUCGCGGUGUUUGUCACCGGGACGUGAAACCUGAAAACGUUCUACUGACCGACCGGUCCAACGCACCAAACGUCAAACUAGCGGACUUCGGGACGAGUCGCCGCCAAAGACAUGGAGAACAGGUCAUCGAGAAUUUUCCGACAGGAACUCUCGCGUACUGGGCUCCCGAAAUCGUGACUCGUCAACCCCAGGAUUUCAGCGUCGACAUGUGGGCAUUCGGGGUGCUGGCUUACAUCACGCUUACAGGAGUACAUCCGUUUGACCCAAGAGGCGACAAAUCGGACGCUGAAAUUGUGAACGACAUUGCAAGAGGAAGUUAUGACGUCGAAAACAAAUGGUACAGGAGUUUAUCAACAAAGGCAAAAGAGUUCCUGACUCGUCUUUUGGACUCAAAUCCUGCGAAACGAUUGACUGCUCGACAAGCGAUGCAGCAUUCAUGGCUCAGUGGCACUACAACGUCUGCGGAGCCUUUCGAUAGCGGUCACUGCCAACGUCUGCAAGCGUAUCAGCGUCUACAGCAUCUUCGAGCCAAUAUAUUGGCUGUCAUCAUGAGCGUCCAGCACGCAAGAUUUGGAAACAAACUUGAUGCUAGUACGAAGGAGAUUGCAUUGCGCCGGACGAGCACUGUGAAUAUGGACAUGUUCAAGGAGACGUUUCUUCUUUUCGACAAAGACGAAUCCGGCUGCGUUGGUCGAGAUGAGCUCGAGCAUACGCUCUCGGCGCUCGGACAACGGCUUUCCAGUUCGGAGAUCGACGAAAUCAUGCAGCAAGCCGACACUGAUAAGGAUGGCAAGAUCUCCUUCACCGAGUUCGUGGGCAUGAUGAACGAACGACUAUUUCGUCGUGGAAAUCUGACGACAGGAGAUCUCAAGGCAGCUUUCGAUACGGUUGACCUGAACCGGGACGGGUUUAUCUCUACUAGCGAGCUCGAGCACAUUUUUCACGUACUCGGCAAUAAGCGCAUGAGCAACGAGGAGCUUCGCAAGAUCAUGGAUGGAGCGGACAAGAAUGAAGACGGGAUGAUCGACUACGAUGAGUUCUGUGCUUUAAUGCAGCAACAGACGAAGACGUGA